GCCGCUCUGUCGUCGGUUUCCAUGCUCUCUUAGGAACGGUACCUUUGCUCUAGGGCUGACCUGACUUCAGACUCCUCAAUCGCCAGAAGUGCCCGGAAAAGUCCUUCGUCGCAAUGUUGCCCAUCUGCUUUUUAUUCUCAUGGCUGAUUCUCGGGUUGUCACUUGGCGGCCUCAAUUUCGCGUAUUCUGCCGUACUGGAAGAUCCGAAUGAUGUGCUGAAUAAAACAUACGAUUUUAUUAUCGUCGGAGCUGGUACCGCCGGAAGUGUGGUGGCAAGUCGACUCACUGAAGAUUCUGCGUGCACGAUUCUCGUAAUAGAGGCUGGAAUUUCCGACGAAGACAUUCUUGAUAUCGAAGUCCCUUUCCUAUCUUCCUCCCUCCUGUCUCCUUCUUCGCUUACCUGGAACUAUUCCACGGUAGCUCAAGAAGGGUUGGAUGACCGUGUCAUCUCAUAUGUAAGGGGAAAGGUCCUAGGAGGGAGCAGCAGUACCAAUUUCUUGGGAUACACUCGAGGCUCAGAUGACGAGUACGAUCGUUGGGCUAACAUUACCAUGGACUCUAGUUGGUCAUGGAUGAACCUAGAACCUUUCUAUAAAAAGAGCGAAAGACUAGUUGAUCCUGCGGAUGGCCACAAUACGUCUGGAGAGGUCGAUCCAAGUGCUCACGGUUAUGGACCCAUUGAAGUUAGCGUUCCUGGGUAUCCCACGGAGAUUGACGACCGCGUCAUUCUCAGUAGCCAGGAGUCGGGUGACGACUUCCUCUUCAACCUAGAUCUCCAAGGAGGUACCACAAUUGGCUUUGGACUCACUCAAUCUACCAUCGGUGGCGGAGAAAGAUGCAGUGCUGCUGACGUGUAUCUUCACCCUGCACUGAAUCGCUCCAAUAUAGAUCUUCUUAUGGGAACACAAGUAACUAGGCUUAUCCAAACAAAUGACACCAGCGACGUGCCUGUUUUCAAGACAGUAGAGUUUGCACAAGAUGCUAAUGGCACCAGAUAUACACUUACAGCGGCGAAAGAAGUUAUUCUGAGUGCAGGUUCUCUCAAUACUCCGCAAAUAUUGCUUCUCUCCGGUAUAGGUGAUGCGAAUGAUUUGGAAAACUUUGGUAUCACACCCAUCGUAGACCUUCCUGACGUCGGUAAAAAUCUACACGAUCACCCACAAAUCUCGAACUAUUUUGUCGUAAACUCUACAUCCACUCUUGAUGAGAUCUCUCGCGAUUCCGAACUGGCCGCAGAGUAUCUGGAGGAAUGGAUGGAGUAUAGGCAAGGCCCAUACACAGCUUCGAGUUCUCAUGCCCUUGGCUUUGUUCGUCUUGCUCAGAACGACUCGAUUUUCGAACUUUAUACCGACCCGUCUUCGGGCACCAAGUCCGCCCAUUACGAAAUGGUUUUCGCCAAUGGGUACUCGGGAUCUUUACCGUCAACGGGCUAUUACUUGACCGUGAAUACCGUUGUACUCAACCCUGUUUCCAAUGGCACAGUCACACUCGCCUCCACCGACCCUUUCGACUUUCCCAUAAUUGAUCCGGGCUUUCUUACUUCGCCUCUCGAUAUCUAUGUCAUGACCUCAGCAGUAAAAGGCGUGCGCCAAUUCGUUCAAGCUUCCCCGUGGGAUGGCUAUGUCAUUGAACGUUAUGGCGAGCUUGGCGAAGCCGAGACGGACGAGGAAAUCGAGGCUGCCAUACGGAAUAACGCGAUAUCCAUCUGGCAUCCCAGUUGUACCGCGCGGAUGAGCGCCUAUAAUGCUACUGAUGGCGUUGUCAACCCGGACCUCACUGUGAAGGGAGUAUCAGGUCUUCGAAUUGUCGAUGCAUCUGUCUUUCCUAAGAUACCUGCAGCUCAUUUAGUAGGACCCGUUUAUAUUGUCGCUGAGAAGGGUGCCCAGUUAAUUCGAGAUGCGUGGGGCUAUGAUGCCUGAGCGAACUUUAAUAUUGCGGAAAUAAAUAUCCCAUUCAAGUUUGCGUCUUUUUAACAUGAAUUUCAGUGACCUAGAUAUUUGGAAACCCGACUCUAUCGCAACUGUCAGGAAACGCCCGUGAACAGGCAAGGAUCAUCGUCAUUUGACUAUCCAUUCAUCUAUAUGCUGUGUACACUAAUAGAAGCAUUAUAAAUGAAAAAGUCA